CAACAAGAGACGAAACGAUGGACUACUACCUCAAGGCAGCUGCAUCCUACCUCGAUCGAUCCAACAUCUCAUCAAACUAUACCAACAUCAACAACCCAGCAACAACAACAGCAGCAACAACAACAACAACAGCAACAGCAACAACAACAACAACCACUGGCCAGAAUCAUAAUACAGCAACCACAAACGAAAAUUCAACCUCAAAUUGGUCACCACCCACUCGAAUAGGGCUAUGGACCGUACACCGUGCCAUCCAUAAUAGCACCAACAAACUCGUUAGCAUCUGGACGGCGGAGAAAAGACUCGUCUCAUCACCAUCAUCAUCACUCUCCUCACUACCCUCCCUCGUCAAUGCUGCCAACAGCUGGGCUAGUAGCAGUAUGAGUAAUCAUGGGAGCGGAAAUAAUCCAAAUCAACCCAAGACCCCAUUAGAGAAGGUAGUCGAAAUCCUAAAGAAAGAGGUCUCCUCCCUAUCUCGUCUACGCCAUCCAUGUAUCCUAGAAGUCGUCGAACCGUUGGAAGAAACCAGGACAAGUAUGAUAUUCGCAACCGAACCCAUCACCGGCUGUUUGAAAGAUGGAAUCGAACAAUCCGAUCGUCGAGCUAGCCUCAAUCAUCCCACUCGAAACCAACCUCAGAUAAACAUGGAAUUGGAUGAAGUUGAAACUCAGAAAGGCCUAAUGCAGAUUGGGAAAGGUCUCCAGUUCUUACACGAAUCGGCCAAGUUGGUGCAUUGUAAUCUAACACCCGAAGCAAUCAUUAUUAAUGCAAAAGGUGAUUGGAAGAUCUCUGGUUUUGGAUUAUCGACUUACCUCAAACAACCAGAUGGACAAGAUUCGAAAUGGCUCUUCCCUGAAUAUGACCACCGAUUACCGGACUCAGUCCAACGAAACUUUGACUAUCUUGCACCAGAAUACUGCCUCGAUGAACAUCUCUCGACGAGUAAUGAUAUGUACAGUCUAGGCUGUAUCCUACACUCCAUCCAUACCCGCAGUGGCCCACCAUUCCAAAACCAUCAUAGUCUGGAUAGGAUCAGGAAAAACGUCGAGAACCUUGGCGUCCUGAGAGCCGCUUGGAGUCGGGUACCCGAUGAUGUACAAGAGGUUCUAUCGCAACUGGUCACGCGAACCCCAUCCACUCGAUUGGUCGCCUCAGCAUUCCUGAAUUCACGGUACUUCAGCAGUAACCUGUUGGUUUCAACCUUAGCCUUCUUAGAUCGGGAUACCUUCAACUCUAAACAAAACGAAGAACAUGUUCAGUUCAUGAAAGGGCUCCUCAGACUCCUGCCCCAAUUCUCCCAAAAACUCGUCAAACAGAAAAUCUUACCUUCCUUAAUCGAAGAAUGUCGGAAACAUGUUCUGUUGCCAUUCUUGUUACCCAACAUCUUCUUUAUUGCACAACAGAUGGAAAGUGAAGAAUUCCGCUCUGAAUUGCUACCCCAUCUAACCCGAUUAUUUUCGAUCAAAGAUCCACCUCAAAACAUCUUGAUCUUAUUGGACAACUUGUCGAUCUUCCAAACGAAAGCUACCCCUCAAGUCUUUCGAGAAGAUGUGAUGCCCCUGAUUUAUGUCGCUCUGGAAUCGGAUAUGCCCUCUCUACAGGAGAAAGCAUUGAAAGUUAUCCCUGGUCUCUGUGAAACACUCGAGUACACACAUGUGAAACAAGUACUGUUUCCCAAAGUCACAAUGGUAUUUUCUAAAACUACGUUACUAUCGGUCAAAGUAAAUACGUUGAUCUGCUUCCACUCUAUGGUCAAGAUUUUGGACAAAUACACUCUUACCGAGAAAUUGGUGCCCCUAUUAGCAAGGAUCAAGACCAAAGAGCCAGCGGUGAUGAUAGCCACCUUAGCGGUCCAUGAAGAGAUGGGAAAGAAGGUAGAAUUGAACGCGAUUGCCACCUUAAUUUUACCUCAACUGUGGGCGAUGUCGAUUGGACCUCUGUUGAACAUCGAUCAAUUCAAUCGGUUCAUGAAUUCGAUCGAGCAACUAUCUACUCGAGUCAGACAGGAGCACACUCGACAUUUGGUUGAAGCUAGAAGAUUAGAAGAAACUACCGCUCGGAGCAACAGUCAACCCAGUGUGAAUCAUCAACAUCUUGGAUCCCAUGUGCCCAAUGAGGCGGUCGACUUUGAGAACCUAGUCAAGGGCUCCCGGAAUUGGGCCUCAUCAUCGAAACCCAAUCCGCCCAUCCAACAGGACACCGCGCCGACGAGUCCAUCGGCCAACAGUGGCUGGGGCUUCGACGACCAACUAGGAAGCUUGAAUCUAGGCGGGCAAUCUACAAGCGAUGGCGCAGCGCUCAACCGGCACCAUUCGAACCCCGUCCCGGUCAUCAAUGCCAGGAAGUCACUCACACCAACCGGGCUCAACGCGCUCAAUCCACGCCAGUCAACAAACAACCUGCGAUCCUAUCCGAGCAUCUUUGACAAUCACUCUUCCGGCGCAAGUUCUCACGGCUCAAGACUUGAUCCCUCUACAACCAACCACCAACAACGGCCCCACUCACUCUCCUCCGAUCUCCUUCCUCUGUCACAUCCAUCCUCUUCCUCUACAUCACAGCAACCCUCAGCCUUUGUCGGCUUACCCCCUCUUGUCCCUCAGACUUCCUCCCUCACUUCUCUCACCCAUCAGACUCUUCCCUCCUCCUCUUACCAAGCCCCUCCUGGUCAGAUCUCGAAACCCUCUUGGAACGUCAUUGCUCCCAUCAAACCUUCUCAAAACCAUCCUCCCUCCCUGCAGAACUCUAAUCUCAACAAUUCGUUGGCUGACUUUGAUCCUUUUGCUUAGUUCUUCUUUUUUUCAAGAUUUCGUUCUUCUUUUUUAGCACUUUGUUUUUGGUAUUCUAAUCGUGUUUUCAACUAUUAGUAGUUUUGUAUAUAUAUAUAUAAGUAAAUAGAUCAUUCCAAGGAAGCCGUUCUCCCUCCCCUCUACUUCUGAUUCAAUUGCAAAAAAAAAAAAAAACUUCCGCUGCUCUUUCCCCCGCUUCCUCUCAAAAAAAAAACAAUGUCAAAACCGUGUUCGUAUUGUUAUUAUUAUUUUAUUAGUGUUGUGUUUGAGAUGUGUACUUGCCGCGAAAUUCAACUCACUUUCUAUUCUUC